CCUGAGUCACGAGGGAGGGACACAGGGCUGCCCAGCCCUGCCACCUUCUCCCAAGCUGCAGUAUAAGGAGUAGAGGCAGGGAGGAGGACUCUGGGAAGGCAAGGGAGUCUGGGAAAGGAGGGAGAAGGCUGCACACCUAGAGGGAGGGAGAAGUCCGAAGGAAGAAGAGAACAGAGGAGACCACGCAGCAGGGAGGAGGAGACAGGGCAGAGAGAAAUAAAUUCGGGUGGGAAGAAGGCAGGAGGGAGAGAAGGAGCGAGGCGGAGAUGAGGUUGCAGGGCUCCCUGGCCUGCCUCCUGCUGGCCCUGUGCCUGGGCAGCGGGGGGGCCGGCCCGUUGCCGAAAGAAGGGGAGGGUGCGGGAGCAGGUGUCGAGGAGGCCGUGGGACACGGGAUGGGAGACGCCAUUGGAAAGGGGGUGGGAGAUGCCAUCAGCCAAGGAGUCGAAGAGGCUGCUGGCAAAGGGACCGGAGAGGCCGCCGGCUCUGCAAGCAGGGGGGCCAUGAGCCGUGGCAUAGAGGAGGCAGCCCACGUCCUUGGGAACCCUGGGGGUGAGGCAGGCAGGCAGGCUGAGAACAUCAUUCGCCGCGGAGGAGAUGCGGUUCACAGCUCCUGGCAGGGCGUGCCUGGCGGCAACGGUGCUUGGGGAACCCAUGGCCAACCUCCCUCUGGAGGCCAUGGCAUCUUUGGCUCCCAGGGUGGCUUUGGAGGCCACAGCCAGGGCAACCCUGGAGGCCCGGGGACUCCUUGGGGCCAGGGAUACCCCGGAGGUUCAGGUGGCAGCUUCGGAACCCACUCUCAGGGAGGCGCCUGGGGCCAAGGAGCCAACGGAGGAUCUUUGAACUUGGGGCCCAACGCUCAGGGGACCGUGGUCCAGCCCGGGUACGGCUCAGUGAGAGGCAGCAGCAACUCACACACAGAGUGCACCAACCCCCCGCCGUCCAGCUCAGGCGGAAGCUCUGGCAACUCCGGGGGAAGCGGUGGCAGCGGCGGUGGCAGCGGCGGUGGCAGCAACGGUGGCAGCAGCGGUGGCAGCAGCGGUGGCAGCAGUGGUGGCAGCGACGGUGGCAGCAGCGGCGGCAACGGUGGCAGCAAUUAUGGGCCCAGCUGGGACCGUCCCUUAGAAAAUUCUAGGAAUUUUGAUCAAAGCAGCUACUCAGGCUCCCAGGGACACAGUUCUGGCUCUUCCUCGGGUAGCGGUGGCGGCGGAAGCGGUGGUGGAAAUAAACCCGAGUGUGACAACCCAGGGAAUGAAGUCCGCGUGUCUGGAGGAUCUGGGGGUCAGGGCUUCCAAGGAGGACAGGGAGGGCCCGGCAGCUCUGGUGACAUCAGGGAAAUAAGCAAAGAAGGUAGUCACCUCGUUGGGGGCUCCCAAGGCAAUUAUCAGUGGCAAGGGUCCGGUGGUGAAGCUGUCAGUGGGAUCAAUACCUUGAACUCUCAGACAUCUCCUGGGCUCUUCAACUUCGACACUUUCUGGAAGAAUUUUAAAUCCAAGCUGGGUUUCAUUAACUGGGAUGCCAUAAACAAGGGCCAAGUCCCGUCCCCCAGCACGCGGGCCCUCCUCUACUUCAGCCGGCUCUGGGAGGAUUUCAAACACAACACCCCUUUCCUGAACUGGAAAGCAAUUAUCGAGGGCGCCGAUGCGUCAUCGCUCCAGAAGAGGUCGGGCGGCGCCGGUCAGUCGGGCACGGGAUGGCAAGAGGUGGCGGCCGUAACUUCUAAGCACAACUAUAACCAGCAGGCACACCCUACUCCUUCUGGUGGGCAGUACUCAGCCAAGAUCCCUUCUAAGGGGGUAGCCACGCCUUCUUCCUCGGCUUCCCGGGUGCAGCCUGGCCUGCUGCGGUGGGUGAAGUUCUGGUAGGGAGGAGCAAGAGCGAGGGGACCCGCAGGCGAGACAGGUGGGACGCCGCGAGAUUUCGGGACCACCCAGACUGGAUGAAGGGGACACCUGGUUUCAGCAGAUUCCGGAGUAGCCACGGGCUACCGUUUGCUCUUUUCUUUUUUAGAAGAUUAUUUCCAGUCAUGACUGAGGCCCCGAAAAACGUCAGUCUUCGAGGAGCCCGACCGGCCCCGUCCCUAGCUCUCCCCUCCCUGUGUCAGGCUUGGUCUAGGUGCCGACACCUGUUUUUUCCAGGUUGGGGACCAAGUCUGUCUGUCCCUUGUAUCUUGCAACCGCACUGUGGGGUCUCCGUGACCAGCAACUUCAUCAGAUAAACCCGCCACUUUUCUUCACCUACUCCGUUUUGUGACCUGAAGUCGGUGUGACAGUUCUUCAGAAGAAGCUUCUUCUCCUCCUGAGUUUCUUUAUGGAAAUAAAACCCGAAUCUUGCUUCCCUAA